UGAAGAAAGAAGUAUGGCGGCUUCCAGUGUUUUCAGACCGGGCUUGUUCAACCACAAAGUUGCUGUAGUAACGGGAGGGGGCACCGGUAUCGGUAAAGCCAUCUCUGCAGAGCUGCUGGAGCUUGGCUGCAGUGUGGUGAUCGCCAGUAGGAAGGCAGAGAGGCUGGAGGCAGCAGCUCAGGAGAUGAGACAAAAAAUCCCUCCCUCCAGCCCUGCGUGUGUCACUCCCCUACUGUGCAACAUCCGCAACGAGGAUGAGGUGAAGGAUCUUGUGUCCUCGGUGCUGAAGCAGUACGGCCGGAUAGACUUUCUGGUGAACAACGGAGGGGGUCAGUUCAGCAGCCCAGCGGGGCACAUGUCCUCCAAAGGCUGGAAGGCGGUGAUAGACACCAACCUGACCGGGACCUUUCACUGCUGCAAGGAGGUCUACACUGCGUGGAUGAAGCAACAUGGAGGUGUGAUCGUCAACAUCAUCGCUGACAUGUGGAAGGGCUUCCCGGGCAUGGCCCACACGGGAGCAGCAAGGGCAGCAGUGGAUAACUUAACAAAGAGUCUGGCCAUCGAGUGGGCAAGCUCAGGAAUUAGGGUCAACGCUGUGGCACCGGGUACGAUCUUUUCCAAAACUGCGAUGGAGAACUACAAGGAGCUCGGACCAAAUCUUUUCAAGAUGUCUGUUCCAUUUAGCCCUGCAAAGAGGCUAGGAGUCCCCGAAGAGAUCUCAUCAGCAGUGUGUUUCCUGCUCUCUCCUGCUGCCUCUUACAUCUCUGGAGCCACACUGAGGGUUGAUGCAGGACAGAGUCUUUACCACUCCAUCUGGGAGAUACCCGACCACAGCGCAUGGCCUGAGGCUCCAGAGGGAGAGAACCUGGAUGCUCUGAAGGACCUGCUCAAACCACAAAGCAAACUCUGAUGCAGCUCUGUGACAUAGUCUGAGCCUAAUGCAUAAACGCACAAGCCAUUAAGCAUCAUGGAUGUUGAGCUGUACAGACCCCAUAAGGCAUUUUAAUUAAUCACCAUGGUGGCCUGGUUAUUAGAUGGUUGGAUUUAUAAUGCCAAUCUUGUACAUAAUUGUAUGUAAUUAACAGUAACAUGAGAGUAUGAUUAGUUUCCUGGACAAUGAUGUAUGACAUGAACUGUUGAAAUGUAUGAAGAGUAUUUUUUUCUCCAAUGCCUUUGUCAGUUGGUAGUAAACACAAUAGCUACAAAGCGUUUUACAAAAGAAACAAGAAAACAGAAAAAAAAUCACUGAUUUAGUGUCUCUGAUGCAGCAAAGUCAGGAACUACAAUGUAAAAAGCAGGAUUGUGUUCAUUAUCUAUACUUUGGAUUUAGUUUCUGCAGGCUCUGCCUUUUUGUUUCAGGGGACUGAUCAUGUAAUUCUAGAUUUCUAGUUCUAGAUUAUUCAUCAAGAAGAUUCAGUAAAAGGGAUCAGGUGCCUUACAUUGAGUGUUACCAUCAAUGUUACUUUUAACAUCUUAAUGUAACAUGUUACAAAAUAUCUUUUUAUAACAUAAUGAGACAUUUUCUUCUUUAAAUUUUAAUGUAAUGUUCAUUCAAAUGAAUAA